UUCAAUUAAUUUAUCACACUGCUCACACUCGCACGCACGCACUCCCUCAAACACUUGACAGUGAAGAAGAAGAAACAGAAACAGAAACGAUGAAACUUCGGCAGUACUUACCUUUUGUAUGGCUUCUACUGUCAUGGAGAUGGUCACUAUUACCGUUAUCUUAUGCAUCUGAUGAAGAACAAGGUUCCACAAGCAUAAUCUUCACCACACUUGGUCGACCCGAUUACGCCUUCGACAUCUACUCCGUCCCAGUUAAUAAUAUUCCACUCACUCCCAAUUCUGAACUUCGACUCACCGAUGGCCACUCCGUCAAUUUUAACGGCCAAUUCGCUCCCCCCACCCUCCUUCUCCCUACAGACCCACCACCGCCCCUUCAACUCGUCUACGUCACUGAACGGAAUAACGGCCUUUCCACCAUCUUCUAUGACGCACUCUACCUCCAACAACAACCCCAAACCUCAUCAAGAAGAUCCACUCUCGAAUCCCAAACCAUCACCAAAAGAAUCCAACUCCCUCUGCUACCCAAUCACUCGCAAAACGAUAACAAAGUCUCCAUGAAGGAUAAACCAACCCUCACGGGAGAAUAUCUUAUCUACGUCUCCACACACGAGAACCCCGGCGUGCCACGUGUCAGCUGGGCAGCCGUGUACUCUACCCACCUCAAAUCUGGUAACACUCGAAGGCUAACCCCUUACGGCGUCGCUGACUUUAGCCCCGCCGUGUCUCCUUCCGGGGAGUUCACGGCCGUCGCCUCCUACGGCGAAUCUGGAUGGAACGGCGAGGUGGAGGAUCUUACUACUGACAUCUAUGUGUUCUUGACUCGGGAUGGGACUCAACGAGUCAAGGUUGUUGAACACGGUGGCUGGCCAAGCUGGGUGGACGAUCGCACCAUCUAUUUCCACCGGAGGGGCGACGACCAGUGGUGGAGUGUUUACCGUGCUAUCCUCCCCGCCGGGAAGGGAUCCAUAUCCGUUGACUCGGUCCGAGUCGAGCGAGUCACCCCGCCGGGUCUCCACGCGUUCACACCCGCAACCUCGCCGGCAAACCACGAAUUCAUCGCCGUCGCGACAAGGAGGCCGGGUUCCACCUAUCGCCAAAUCGAAUUAUUCAACCUGGUCAAGAACGAGUUCACCGAGUUGACUCGUUUCGUCUCACCCAAUUCUCACCACCUUAACCCGUUCCUCUCGCCCGAUUCAACCCGGGUCGGAUACCACAAGUGCAGGGGCGAGCCAAACUCAAACGAAUCCCCUCAGCUAUUACUCGAGAACGUUAAAAGCCCGGUUCCCGGUCUGUCCAUCUUCCGGUUCACUGGUUCGUUCUCGGUUUUUUCUCCCUCGGGUGACCGAAUCGCUUACGUCGACAUGCCAGGGAUCUACGUAGUGAACAGUGAUGGUUCGAACCUUCGAAAGGUUUCUGACGCGAUGACAUUUUCAACCGCAUGGGACCCGGUUCGACCGGGUAUAAUCUACACUGCACUCGGAGAAGGAUUCUCCUCAGAGAGCACGCGUAUUGAUAUCAUUUCCAUCAACGUUGACCAAAAGAGUAACAACAUCAAGCGGUUGACACUCGGCGGAGGCAACAACGCAUUUCCCUCGGUUUCGCCUGAUGGGAAAUGGAUCGUGUUCCGGUCAGCUCGGACGGGUUACAAGAACCUCUAUGUGAUGGACGCGGCCGAAGGCGAAAGCAACGGGCUGAGACGGUUGACGGAGGGGCCCUGGACAGACACAAUGUGUAACUGGUCACCGGAUGGAGAAUGGAUCGCUUUUGCUUCGGACCGGCACGCACCCGGUAAUGGAAGUUUUGAGUUGUACUUGAUCCACCCCAACGGAACCGGGUUAAGGAAACUUAUUCAAAGCGGGUCGGGUGGGAGAACAAACCACCCGUACUUUAGCCCCGAUGGGAAGAAGAUUGUGUUUACUUCGGAUUUUGCUGGCAUUUCUGCUGAGCCAAUAUCUAACCCUCAUCAGUACCAGCCGUAUGGUGAGAUAUUCACCAUUGGGUUGGACGGGUCGGGUUUGACAAGACUGACCCAUAAUUCGUAUGAGGAUGGUACACCUGCUUGGGCCCCCAAGUUUCUGAAGCCCGUUAGUAUUAAGAAGCCCAAGGGUGGCCCGUACUGUGCCUUUGAGGAUUUGCAUUGGCUUAGCAAUAUGCCUAAUGGUAAUGGAAGUGUUGUGUCAAAUGCUCAGUGUGGUUUAUAAGGUCUUAAUGGCAUUUUAUAUUGCAAUUUUUAUCUUUUGGUAAAUGCCUUUAUCAUUUGGCAGAUGCAUAAUAAGAUGCUUGCUACUGUAAAGUGUGAACUUUGGGUUAUAUGUAUUAUAUAUACUUUAUAAUUAUUAUGGGUUA